AUGAAUUUUAAACACAUUUUAACACAAUCGUGCAGCCCAAUACAAACUACAAGCCCACAACUUCUUGAAAUAAACACGAAUGAUUCAUGUUAUAAAUGUGAAGAGGGCUGGGAGCAACAUGGAGGAAAGUGCUAUUAUUUCUCCACCAAGUCAUCCUCCUGGAAUAAGAGCAGAACUGAAUGUAUCACUAAAGGAGGAGACCUGGUUAAGAUAGACAGCAGUGAGGAGCAGAUAUUAUUGCAGAAAAAAAAUGGAAAAUUCUGGAUCGGACUGACAGACUCAGCAGUAGAGGGCAGAUGGCUGUGGGUGGACGGCUCACCACUGAAUGAAAGGUUGACAUUUUGGUUCUUUACUGAGCCAAAUAAUAUACCCGUGCAAGAUCCUGAUGGAGAGGACUGUGCGAUGAUGGGGCACAAUGGGAUAAUGUUUUGGUUUGAUUAUUCCUGCAAAUUAACUCUUAGAAGUAUUUGUGAGAAAGCAGCUGUGGCUGUGUGCGUCUAA